AUGGCUCCAGUGAACCAGCCCAAGGACAAGAAGCAUGAGAGGGCACAUGAGCGUUGGCCAGAAGAGGCAGAAUCCAUCGGGAAAAGGAAACUGGACUGUGAGGAACUUGGGAGUGAGCCACAAGCAAAGAGGUUGUUUGUGAGGAAAACGUCCAAACUCCCAGAGAAAAACAGUUGGAGUGGAGGUGGCUCCAUGGUGAGAAACAACAAAGUCCUCUUCCGGCAGCUGGACCGGCAGUGCAGUGUUGUUCAUUACGUCUACCAGAACAUGCUGGGAGGCUCCAUUCGGGCACAGCUCAGGCAGUGUCUGCAGCUGCCCUUUCUGCGUUCUCUUGCCUCCUACCGCCUCUUUCGAACAGCAAGUCCCUUUGACAGGAGAGUGACAUGCCUGGAAUGGCAUCCAACACACCCCAGCACUGUAGCUGUUGGUUCCAAAGGUGGAGACAUCAUUCUUUGGGAUUAUGAAGUACUUACUAAAACCUCCUUCAUAAAAGGGAUGGGAGCUGGAGGGUCCAUCACAGCAAUGAAGUUUAACCCUUUUAACCCUAGUCAGCUGUACACUUCGUCAGUUGCCGGCUCUACCACCCUGCAGGACUUUAAUGGCAAUACUAUCCGAGUCUUCACCAGCACCCAGGACUGGGA